CGAGCAUAGCGAGCGGAGUAUCAGACGACAGGACGCACUUGACCCCCUAAAGAAAGGUGACAGGACGCACUAGACCACCAAACCGAGGAAGAAGACGCCCACGAACCAAAGCAGUGGGAAGAAAGCGGAAGGAGAGGGCAUCUAAUCCGGUCGAAGCAUGAGGGCAUCGAUUAAUCGGCCGCCGACGCCGAGCGCGGAGGAGGAGCGGGGGGAGGAGCCUUCUCUCAGAGAAAUCAUUAACGUCAAGUUGGUAGAGAGCGGGGAGAAGGAGAAGCUCAUGGAGCUCCUCCGUGAGCGGCUCGUCGAGUGCGGUUGGAGGGAUGAGAUGAAGGCGCUUUGCAGGGCCUAUGCAAGGAAGAAAGGAAGAAAUAAUGUGACAGUAGAUGAUCUUAUUCAUGUUAUUACUCCAAAAGGAAGAGUGCUCAAUUGAUUUCGCAUGUGAAACAGCGUCAGUGCCUGAUUCUGUGAAGGCAGAGCUCCUGCAGCGUAUCCGGUCCUUUCUCAUGUCUUCCUCACUUCGGUAAUCAUUUAUCACUACGGUUGGAGCUGCAUGUACCAAUGUACGAGUGUUUGAAGAGUUGAUCUUGUGGGGAGCAACACUGCAGGAAAAGAAUGCACGUGUCCACAUGUUCCUUGGUUUGAUUGGCAGUUGGCAUGGUUUUCAGGUGUACCUAUAUACAUAGUUGUAAUCCUUGAAUACAUGUAUUGUUGAAGAAAACCUUCCAGCUUGUAAUGCUACAUCGAGUCAUCAUCGCCCAACUGACGGUUGAUAUCGUGGUUAGAAAAUUGACAUAUGUUGGUAGAUGAUAGUAUUCAUGCGCAUCAUGUCGAACCUGAUUGGGUCAUCUUCAGUGAGCCCAACGUGAAUAGACACCACUUCGUCA